UUCAAAGUGUCAGAGCAUCGUCUGGUUUCAAGUUUGCCAUUCAGAAAUCAUGAGGAACCAAUACAGCGCAUGCAUAAUGACUGCCACGUACGGGAUGUUGCUGUUCUGUCUCUGUUGCCUUUACGAGAUCCGGCCCGCUGCAUGCAAACCCGUGUGGAUGUCAAGGCAAUUCCCUUGCGAUGUCACGAGCCUCAAUGCCUCUGAGGUCAUAUUUGACUGCCGAGGCCGCCGCCUGCAUGGAGUACCUCGUGGGAUCACUAGCAACGUGACAGAUCUUAACUUAUCGCAAAAUAACAUUAAGAACAUUACAGCCGGUGCGUUUUCUGCCAUGCUGAAUCUGACUCAGCUGAAUCUCAACUGGGCGAACAAGGGCAAAAAGCUGGUCAUUUUUGAGAAUGCUUUCAAAAAUCUCACAAGACUGCAGAAACUGAGCCUUACCGGCAAUCGUCUGGAAAAUAUUCCAGGCAGUCUCCCUCUCAGUCUGCGAGUCCUUGAGCUCGAAAAUAACAAGAUUGUGACUUUCGAGAACAGGACCGUUGCAGGCUUAACACACGUGACCCAUCUGUGGUUAUCCAAAAACUGCUUCAGGGAGAAUCCAUGUGGGCACCCUCUCACGAUUAAGGAAAACAGUUUUGCAGUUAUGACCAAGCUACAGGCUUUGAACUUGUCCUUCAACAACUUGAGCCAUGUUCCUAAAGGACUACCCCAGUCAUUGACUCUGUUAGACCUGCGUAGUAACAAGAUAGAGAAAAUAGGUAAAGAUGAUUUCUUUGGAUUACAAAAUUUAGCAAUCCUAGACCUACAAGGGAACUGCCCGAGAUGCCAAAAUGCUCCAUUUUACUGCGUACCAUGUCAAAAUGAUUCUCUUGCAAUUCACCCUGAUGCUUUUCAAAAGCUAGCAAACCUUAAGAGGCUGCAUCUCGGAGGAAACUCACUCAGUCACGUGAAAGAAUCUUGGUUCAAAAACCUGAACAAACUCAAAUACUUGUUUCUGUCAUUUAACUUCCUACGAAACGUAGUAACCGAGGAAGCUGCAUUUCUAAGCUACCUCCCCAAGCUACAAAAACUUGACCUGUCUUUCAACUUCGCUCUCAAGUCCUACCCUGUCACGUUAAAUUUCUCAAAACACUUCGCAAAUCUUGUGUCUCUAAGGACUUUGCAUUUGGAGGGUUUGGUCUUCCAGAGUAUCGGACCAGACACGUUCAGACCUCUGUACGAGCUCAAGAAUCUGUCUGCGCUGAACUUAGGCACCAACUUCAUUCUUCACUCCGAUUCCACCGUAUUCAGUAAAUUCCAACACUUGAAAAUGAUAUACCUCGCAGAAAACAGGCUGUAUCCCGUUGCAGUGGAAGAUCCGCCAAGUCCGAGAAGAUACGGAUACAAUCAGAGGUCGGACGUUUCUAUUUCACCACUAACGAUACCCCACUCUAAAGAUUUUGCUUUUGAAAUAUCACAUAGAUUUGUAAAAGAAGAGUGCUUUGACUCCGGACAAGUGCUUAGCCUCAGCUCAAAUAAUCUGUUCUUCAUUUCUCCAAAGCAGUUUGAGGGCUAUGGGGAUAUUGCAUGUCUCAACCUCUCAAGAAAUGGCUUUUCAGCAGCGCUCAAUGGCACAGAGUUCUCCUCGCUGCCUAAUCUGACCUACCUGGACCUGUCAUUCAAUAAGAUUGACCUGGCCUACGACAAUGCCUUCAAAGAGCUAAAGAAACUUCAAGUACUAGACCUCAGUUACAAUGCGCACUACUUUCAAGCAUAUGGAGUAACGCAUAAUUUGCAUUUUACAAGAAAUCUCCCAGUCUUAAGAGUACUAAACAUGAGCAACAACUUAAUUUUCACACUAACAACAAAACAAAUCUACAGCCAGUCAUUGGCAGAACUUCAGUUUGCACAUAAUAACCUCGGGAAACUUUGGGAAGAUAACUCAUAUGAACAUCUUUUCACUAAUCUGACUAAUUUGACAAUUUUAGAUAUAUCUUACAACAAAUUACAGGACAUUUCAGAGGUUGUUUAUAAAAAUUUGCCCCAUAACCUCACCAUACUGCGCAUAAGUCAUAACUCACUGACUGAUUUCAACUGGGAGCAACUUAAGUGGUUCCGGCAACUUCAAAUUUUAGACCUGAGCCACAAUGCUUUAUCUGUUGUGACAGUUAUUGACCCAAACGUCGCACAAACUCUGACUUUCCUUGACUUGAGUAAUAAUAAUAUUUUCCAGUUGGAUAGUGGAUUCACAAACGGCCAGAAAAAUCUUGAGACUCUGAGUCUCAGCAACAACAAACUGAAUAUCAUCAAUCAGUCCACUUUCCAGCUGGGACCCGAAAAUCACAUUAAGAACUUGUUCCUGCAGGGGAAUCCUUUCCAAUGUACAUGCGACUCACUGGAUUUCAUCUUAUGGAUUGAGAAGAGUGAUGUUAAUAUUCCUUGGCUGAUCACAGAGGUGACAUGCGACACGCCAAGAAACCAGAAGAAUCAAGCCCUGAUAAUGUUUGACCUUCAACAGUGUGUAAACACCAAUCUGGCGUUCCUGAUGUACAUUUUCUCAACCUCCUUCAUUCUCGCUUUUAUGUGUGUGGCAACGGUUGCUCACUUAUUUUACUGGGAUGCUUCUUAUGUCCUACACUACAUGAAAGCUAAGCUGAAAGGAUACGAAUUGCUGAACUCACCGGACAGUGUUUAUGGCGCCUUCGUGACGUAUGACACCAGAGACCCGCAAGUCUCGGAAUGGGUGAUGAGGAACUUGAGGGUGCAACUAGAAGAGAAAGGGGAAAAGCACCUUCCUCUGUGUCUGGAGGAGAGGGACUGGCCUCCAGGAGUCCCGCUGGUCGACAACCUCACACAGAGCAUCCAGUAUAGCCGCAAGACGCUGUUUGUCUUGACGGAGGGCUACGUGAAGACUGGGGUUUUCAAGCUGGCAAUGUAUCUGGCUCACCAAAGGCUGCUGGAUGAAAACGUGGACGUGAUCGUGCUGCUGAUGCUGGAACCCGUCCUGCAACACUCUCACUUCCUGCGCCUGAGGAGGAGACUGUGCGGGAACAGCGUCGUGGAGUGGCCGAGGACGGCAGCAGCAGAACCCUGGUUUUGGCAAAACCUGAGGAACAUUGUAAGAGUGGACAAUCAGGUCAUGUAUAACAAGACUUAUUCCAGGUAUUUCACAAGCAAGUGAAAGGAUGACAGUCUGGGGACAAUUUUGUGAGCUUGUUUCGAAUGUUGGGUAAGGUUUUCUGUUAUCCAGGUCAUGGUCUUUACAAAAAAAAAAAAAGAAACAAAAGCACCUGGACUUGACUCUUCAGUUACAUUUUAUAUCAUCUCAUGUGAGUUUCUGGUGUUUCAUAUAAUUUAUAGGUGGGGGCUGGUUUAAUUCUAUGCAGCUUUUAUCAAUCUGCCUUGGAAGUAUAUUUAAAUAAAGCUAAAGACAUAAUCUCAUACAAUUAUCUUGUAAUUUGUGGGCAAAUGUUUGCAGUAUGUAAAUAAAUAAAUAAAUAAAUCAGUGUGUUAUCUGGUCUCUGUCUAACUUACUA